ACUAAACGGCUGAGAGAUUACAUGCACACUGAAUGGUGUUUGUAUUUGUCGCGUUAUUUAUUUCCGCAGCCGUGACUUGCUGAGAUCGAGGAGCUCGUCGGCCCGAACUUUGGCAUUUUCGCGGGCACGCAAGUUUUCGGGCCGAUUGGGCGAGAGCGGCGGCCCCGAAGAUGCGCUGGACGGGCGCGGUCGGCGCGGAAUUCGGCUGUUAGGCGCCGUCCUUGGCCCUUCAUGCUCGGCCAGCAACCUUCUUCUCAAUAAUAAUUCGGCUACACGCGAGAGCACCGAUUCGACGCCAAGGCCGACGAACGCAAAACGCGCGACAGGUGAAUGUCGCCUAUGCUCAACCUGAUGGACCUCAAAAGCCUGUACAGCGGCCUGCCCGACGACCGACCCAUCACCUCCAUCGGGGUCGUCGAAGAUGCGGAAAAAUGCCCACCAGACUUUUAUGUGGUUUCGCGCACGCACGACCAGGACUCGGACGCCGACCUUUGGAAGGAUGGCUUCUUCGGGCGCAAAGUGACGCGCUACCUGUGCCUCUCCAAGAAACAGGGCCUGCCCGGCUUGUCCGACUACAUUGUCGAGGCGAUAGCCGUGGUCAACGAUAAAGAGGUGCCCCCCGACGGCUACACGCUGUUGCCAAGGACCAUCGACAGUGAACAAAAGGCUUGGAGGAAGAGGCAACUUUGUUACCGACUGUCAAAAAGAAGUUUGGCCAUAACCCUCGUCACUGACGUCAUCAUCCUGAGCAAAAUGAAAAAGUCCCCUGAUGGAUUCUCACUGGCUGGUGAAAUCAAUGGAUUGACUGUCUGCUUCAAAACAGUUCCUAACUCUGUGGUGGCUAAUUCGCCAAAUCCCUCUUUGUCCCUGACCAGCCUCAACUCACCAAACAACAGUGUUUCAAAUUCGAGCGCACCAGCCACUCCUCGGAGAAAGUCAAACGGCCACGCUCCGUCGACACCUGGCAGUGACGACCCCUCUGACGACUAUGUCAGCCUUAAACCGAUCAGGCCACCUCCACCUUUACCUAAUCACGUCUCCCCAGUCAGGACACCGUUGGCCAGACAGUCAUCCAAGGUUGUGGCAGCUGCCAGCAGAACCUACGCAACUCUGGCUGCAUUUCAGGGUCUAGAGGGUGUUCCAUUUGUUAUCAGUCCCAAGUUCAAAUCUAUGGCAGACCCGACCUCGGUACCCCUUCCGUCAGUGAGAGUGUGGAGUGAGUAUGAUAUCGAGAGAGAAUUUUCUUACGACUUCAGGACAGAGAGGCAGACCCAGAUGAACACCAGCUCAUGAGAACUCUGCCUAUUAAUUCCACCUCGAGUCUGCCUUUUAUCCUCGACACUGAUUUUAAGAUCAAAGAAUUCUUCAUUUUUCGUGAAAAUGAUACCUCAUUUAUCAGUAGUAAUAUAUGCAACUUCCCCAUCCUCCUCUCUUUCGGAGAGGCGCCACAAUUGGUAUAAAGAGGUCAGUCCGUCCUUAUGAAAUUUUCCAACCUCUUUUUUUGCAAAGAUGCGCGCGGACUGAAAAUCGCACGAUUUUAGAGUGUAUUUAAUCGGAUUGUGUGGACUGCACCAAUUAUACUUGUAUAUUUUAUAAUCGAUUGGCAAUAAUUAUUGUUAAAGAAAGAUAUGUCCCCUGUUGAGCAACCUGAUUGCCAAAUCCAGCUCAAACUACCAAAACACGCCCGGGUGCUUGUGAUAGAUUUAUUAUGGUUCUUUUUAAACACUGUCCCCAUCGAGUUUGCUUCCCGGUGUAGCUGUAAAAAGUGCAAUUGAUAAUGGAGUUACACUUAAGAAAGUAUGUACACUAUAUGCUUCUCACCGCAGCCAUAUUAUUAGUCUGAUUAGUGUAAAUAUGGAAAAAUUUAUAACACAGACUAACAAAUGCAAGAGUUACACAAUAUCAAAUCGAAUUUUAAUUUAAAACUUAAUAGCAUUAUUAAAGUCUUAAUGAGAAAAUUUAAGGAAAAAUUUUGGGAAAAACUUAAAGACAUUUUUAGUUGAAACGUUUUUAUGCAGCCUAUUUAAUACAGGCGCACUACUUGUGCCAUUUUUUUGUUCUAUUAUUAUCACCACUUUGAUUUGUGGCUUCCAUUUUAUUGUAAAGAUAAUUUAGUUUACACGAAAACUCUUGUGCAGCGCAUAAUUCAUAUUAAUAUAUUAUACUGUGUUAAUCUUAACCUUUUUAUAAUUGUAUUAUGAAAUUUAGUGUCUAUUCUCUCAAAUACAUGCUUCCUGUUUUCUUCCUUCCAUUAACUUUAAUUAAGUGAGUUCCCCCGAGGUUAGUUAGUUGUCCUUGUGAUUUUCCUGACUUUAGGUAUCAAAAUAUGUGAUUUAUUUAUUGUUCAUUUUCUCAAUAAAAGCAUUAUAAAAUAAAGAUUAAA